AGAGGUAUUUUGUUAUAUAAUGAAAAGCAACCAUCACAGGACAUCUUCACAUUCAGCACUGUGCAGAACCAUGAGCAGGAAUUUCUUGUCCAUGAACAGUGAGCUCAGGAAGGGAGACUUUCUGAUAUCCAACAAUGGAGAGUAUAAAGCAGUGUUUCAGGAGGACGGGAACUUCGUGGUCUACGGCUGGAAGCCAAUUUGGCAUUCAAACACUGCUGGCAAUCAAAACGCCAAAAGGCUGAUCAUGCAAGGAGACUGCAACUGUGUCAUGUAUUCGAGCGAACGUGCUUUGUGGCACACCAACACACACCACUCGGAUGUCAAAAUGUGCCGUCUGACUCUGAGAAAUGACGGCUUCCUGGUUGUGGAUAACGACGGAGAUGAGCUGUGGAGAUCUACCAAGUAAAAUAAAAAUGUAAUGAUAUUAAACUUCUUUUCUCUUCUAUUAGUGAUAAAGAGUCAAUAAAGUACAAGGAUCUGGCAA